AUGGCCGAAUCAUCGAGGAAGUUUCCCGAAAUCCAGGGAGGUGGCAGCUUAAUGAUCGCUUGGCAGAUCAAGGGCAAAAACGUGUUGGUCGUUGGUGGAGGAGAGGUAGCCGCAGGGAGAAUCUUGCACGUCCUCAACGCCGAUGCCAACGUCACUGUCGUAUGCCCCGCCUCGGGCCUCAAUCCCGAAGUCUCCCACCGCGUCUCUCGGGGUCAGGUGAAGCAUGUCGACCGCCUCUUCGAACCUUCCGACUUGGACACCGCCGAUAUGGUCCUCGUAGCCGUCGAUGACCCUGCGGCCUCGACCGUGAUUUGGAAACUAUGCAAGGAGCGGCGGAUCCCCGCCAAUAUUGCCGAUGUACCCCCGGAAUGCGAUUUCUACUUUGGCAGCGUGCACCGCGACGGGCCAUUGCAGAUUAUGGUCAGCACCAACGGGAAAGGUCCCCGUCUGGCCGCCCUGAUCAGGCGGUAUAUUGCAAAGACGCUGCCCAAGAAUGCCGGGAAUGCCAUCGAGGCCAUUGGUGAGCUGAGGCAGAGGCUGCGGAAGAUAGCCCCGGCACCCGAAGAGAGCCCCCAGCGCAUGGCAUGGAUGACCAAAGUCAGCAACACAUUCGAAUGGGACCAGAUGUGCGAGCUCACCGACGAGGACAUGAACAACAUUCUCACCUUUUACUCCGACAACAAAGUUCCUUCCCUUGAUGAGCUGAAGGCUAUGAGGCGUGACUCUGGGCAGCCAAAGUCCGAACUCUUCGACGGAUCCUUCGGCUUCAGUGUCGGUGCAUGA